CCAACCUCCCCCAAACCGCAAUUUCUCUUCUCUCCUCCCAUGACAACUGGCUAGAACAAUCGCCACCUCCAACGAUGCUGCAACGAUGAUGACACAACCAUCCAAAUUCUCUUCCAAAGGCAAGGACGAUUCAUCCAUAGAUUCUUCGGAUGAAGCAUAUCAGUACACCGCACUUCCGACGAGGCAUACCGUCCGAUUGAUGAAACUUCAUUCAUCCGAUUCAGGAGAUGUGGUUCCGAAACUACAAAUGGUCGAGCUCGAAUCGGUGCCUUCAUACGAAGCCAUCUCCUACGUGACCCAAACGUCAAAAUCAGCAUCACAUGCGAAGCGAGUAGCUUGAAAGUAACCCCGAACCUGAAGGCUGCUCUCCAGCAUCUUCGUCCAGAGAUAGGAACGAGGGUGCUUUGGGCAGACGCUGCUUGUAUCAAUCAGGAGGACUUGGAGGAACGAAGUCAACAAGUCAGCAUUAUGAGCAUGAUCUAUGCCAAGGCGACUCGAAGUCAUGUCUGGCUUGGUACCGAUGGCGACGAAAACACAGCUGCAUUUACACUUAUGAAGAGAUUAGGGAGCUCUACUGCCAAGAAAAUUCAAUCGCUUACAUAUCCGUGAUCUUGACUCAUCCAGUAGGUUGAAGGAGUUCGGUGUCGACAAGCUUCCCCC